UUUUUACAUUCUUUUCUACCUGAGGCAGGCCCAGGGCCUAUAUAUUUAUCAAGAUGAUAUUACCAUUCAUAGUUGUUCUGAUUUUUUUUUCUUCUUCACUCUGUAGGUGAAGCCCAAGCAGGAACAGGAAAUGAAAUGCAAGGCUUAUUUGCCUCCUGCAGCAUGGCAGCCAGAGAUUUUUGUUCUGGAGGACCGGAGUAUGCCAGCCUACCAAGCCUACCCCGGGUCUCAACCGGACUAUUCCCCCCGUCUUGAUGCAACUCAGCCAAUCAACGGCAUGCCUACCCAUUUCCCCCAGGUCGCCAACCACGAUAGAAUGGCACCAGCGUCUGAUGGUAUGAUUAUUCCAUCAUCACAACACAUCACCCACUCUACAUUGGUACCAGGGGACUCUCCCACAAUGCAUCCCACUUCCUUCCCAGGUCAAAGGUUACCCACCCAUCAUACCAACCCCUCACAUCCCCAGCAAUCCCAUCCUAACCCGAACGUUAACCUGACUAAAGGUUCUUUAGAUUCUGCUCAACAGUCUAGUAGCAAUUAUCCUGUAGCUGUUCAUCCUGAUAGAAGGACUGACAAUCAUAACACAGCUGCUCACCAAUCCCCUAACAACUCCGCUACUUCAAACGCAGUUCAAUCUUUACCCCUUAGAGCUAAUCAAACGUAUGAUGUUCUUGUAGUCAAGUCCCAAACUGGGUCUCAUCCACACAAAACAACCAUCAAGAACUCUAAAUCAUCCCAUCCCAUCUCAUCUCACACAGCCGAUCCAACUAACGCCCAAUCAAUUUCCGAUGACGAUACUAACCAAGUUGCCGAUGUUGCAAGCCCCACUAACAAACGCACCACUAACAAUGCAUCUCAUGGGGAGGAUGUCGAUCAAGACUCCCCGCCUGCAACCACUGGUCUCCAACACCACACUAACAACCACCGGCACCGCCACCAUCACCACAACAACAGCAGCAACAUUCACCAGUCUGGCUCCCGUAGACUGUCUCGUAACAAUCCUAACAGUGUGUCGUUCCUUGCACCCCUGAGUGCCACGCCACCUGAUAUGCCAACCUCUGACACCCUAUCCCCAGGUCAAAGUCCCAUGGUGCAGCAGCAGCAGCAGGGGUACAAGGGUGACCCUCUGCAGAACAUGAUGGGAGCGCCUGGGAAAUCCGGUCGCCCUGAUGCAUACACCAACAACACUAACGAGGACUCUGGGAUAGCAGAGCCAACACCCGACGACGAUGAUCCAGACUAUCUAAGAAGGAAAUCUGACAUCGAUGAUCAAUACUACAACCAAAUCAACUCUGACCAACAAUCCAGAAGUAGAUGGGAACAAUCAGAUAGCUAUGAAGAGAAGGAGAUAGAGAAGGAAAGGCAGAGAAUAGCAGAGAUCCAGGAAAGAGAAGAAGAAAGGAAGGAGGAGGAGAGGCUGGAAAGAGAAAGAAGAGAAGUGGAUCGGCAGUUAGAGGAAGAAAGACGAGAAGAAGAAAGGAGAAGAGAGGAAGAAAGAAUAGAAGAACAAAGGCAAAGAGAGGAAGAGAGAAGAGAAGAUGAAAGAAAACAGGAGCACAGAAGACAGGAGGAGAUGAAGAAACAGAGGCUGCGGGAGAUGGAAAAACAAAGACAGAAGGAGAUGGAGGAGCAAAGAAAAGAAGAAGAGAGGAUGAGAGAAGAAAUGGAAAGGAGAAAAGAAGCUGAGAGACAGUUUGAAGAGGAAAGACGGGGGAGCAUCACAGAGAGGGAGAGAAUGGAAGCUCUCAAUGGUGCCACGGACAAAGGCGAGGAUGGUUACGAUGAUGCUGCCAUCGCCAUGGAAACCAACCAAUCCCUGGAUAGCCGAGGGCAUAUCCUGGACGAUGAACACAUUAGGAGACAAGCGGAACAUGAGUUACGAGACUACGAACCCCAGUCAACGUGGGAUGAGGAUGGAGCGGGUGGCGGGGAGGUGGGCCACCUCCCGCAUCCAGGUCGGGGGAGCAGACGAAGGGAGGAUACGGAGAUGGAGAUGGCCUCACAGCAAGCUGUACAGGACGGGAUCAAAAGGGUGCAUCUCACACCGGAGAUUCACCGGAAAGCAAAGGUUGGGAAGAUAAGGAAGAGCAGUAUAACAGACGAAGAAGAGGUUUAUGAAACAGAUCCAGAAAUGGCUAAUUUAUUGGAACAACUUCGAAUAGCACGGCAAGAGAGAUUAAAGAAAGAGAAAGAGCGAGAGAAUCUGAUUAAACGGGCCAAGGAACUUCAGUCUAAAACACACGAAAGGAGAAAUAGAUCUCGUGACUAUUGGAAGAAGAGAUAUUUUGACGAGAAGAGGAAGACAAAAGAUUUAGAGAGAGAUGUUAAUGAUGUGAGGAGCCAAGUUGAUAUGAUGCAUAAUAAACUACUCAGUCAUCUGCAAGGGAAGAAAAAGGGGGCUACAUCAGUCAAAGGUCCUCCAUCAAAAAAGAAUGACCAUAAGAUCAAUAUCUUGAAGAUGCAGCAUGAGUUGGAUGAAAUCCGAAGAAAGGUUGACAACUCUAGGAUGAAUCUCACAAGAGAAGUGAAGAUCCGCAAUCAAGCUGAGGAGGAGGUCAGAGGACUAAAGAGCGAGGUCACGCAACGAAAGAUCAACAUGACCUUGAUCAGGAACCAGAAACUAGCGGCCCUUAAGACAGCCGACAACAAACUACUCGCCAAGACACCUAUACCAGCCCUAGGACAAGGACCAUUGUCCUUCUCUGCCAAGCGAUGAGGGACUGAUGAAUCCAACUAGAAAGAUUUACAAAGAUACAUCUCGAAGACUGUCUAGGACACCUAAAGUAGGUAGUAUAGGCAUGGUUGGUGUCAAGGCUGGGAAUUUCGAGUCAUGAGGCCGCUGGAGCAAACCUCCCAUAGACUCGGUACACAUGAUUCGGCCCGAGAUCAAGGCCAAGGCCGGCAAAACGUGACCCUGAGGCCAGCCUUGAUUCCAUCCUUGGUAUUAGGCACAUGUAGGUAGAUCAUAUCCAUGUUCGGAAGCUGAUGGUGUAGUCGUUCUCAUUCUGUUCUUCCAAGUCAGUGGAUCCCCGGUUCAAAUCCCUGUCCAUUUGUUUGGUCCCUUUCUGGGAGAAAUUCAUCAACACUGCUGCACUCAACCCAGGCAUAACUAUUUGGUACCUUAUUUCUUGAAUGUAUGAAGUGCUGAAGCAAUGUCCUUUGUAUUUCAUUAUUCAUGGGAUGAUAUGAUCCAAGAACACAAGGGGACUCCAUUGGUCUAAGACACUGGCCUGAGUAAUCCAGAGGUAGUGGGUUCAAAUUGUUCCUGGCCCAGCUAUGAAUUUUCUUCACAGAAGCCAUUUGUAACACAGCGUUUCAAACUUUUUUUCAAAAUGGUAGUUUGACUAUAGGUUGUCAAAUAUGACAUAUACUAGUAUUCCUUAUAUAUAUAUUACUAUGCUUGGGGUCCAUGCUUUUAGAGAAAAUUUGAAUAUCUUUAUCUUUCUUUACAUUUAGCUACUCACAGUUAGACUCCUGAUUAAACCAGUCUAACUUUGUAUGUUAUUGUUAAUAUUGACUUGUGAGAAGAUUUGCUCCACGUUUGGCUACCCAUAGUUGCACCACUGAUUUAAAAGAUGGCCAAACAUUACUUUACCUUUGUCUAUUUUUUCACACUUGGCUAUCCAUAGUUCGACCAAUGACCAUUCAUAAUAAUAAUAAUAAUAAUAAUUUAAGAUUUGUAUAGCACACAUAUCUGUCAAUGACACUCAAGGCGCACAAUCAACUACUUAUACAAUACAGAAAAUGAAAUUAAUAAAUACACAGAAAUUGAACAAAUUGACAAAAAAAAUACACAAUCAGUUAAAGACCAUUGUUUAAACAUGAUGUAAAUCAGUGGUCCCAACUAUGGGAAGUCAUGUGUGAAAUAAACCCAAAUGGUUCAUGAGUGUAAAAACACUUCUACAGCAUGCUUGGCUAUCCAUAGUUAGACCAG